GUGCGCGGCGUCGCCGGGCUUGUGACGAACUUCCGGUUAUCAAGCUCCCGGCCGGGCUGACUCCAGCGGAGGCGCGCGGAGCGGUCGCCGCGGCGGUUCCCGCCCAGGCUCCUGUGACUGCCAGGCAGCGUCUCCACCAUGUCCCAGCCCCAGACCCCAGAGCAGGCACUGGACACACUGGGGGACUGCCCGCCGGGCAGAAGAGAUGAGGACGCUGGGGAGGGGAUCCAGUGCUCCCAACGCAUGCUCAACUUCAGUGACGCCCUGCUGUCCAUCAUCGCCACCGUCAUGAUCCUGCCUGUGACCCACACGGAGAUCUCCCCGGAACAGCAGUUCGACAGAAGUGUACAGAGGCUUCUGGCAACACGUAUCGCAGUCUACCUGAUGACCUUUCUCAUCGUGACGGUGGCCUGGGCGGCACAUACAAGGUUGUUCCAAGUUGUUGGGAAAACAGACGACACACUUGCUCUGCUCAACCUGGCCUGCAUGAUGACCAUCACCUUCCUGCCUUACACGUUUUCCUUAAUGGUGACCUUCCCUGAUGUGCCCCUGGGCAUCUUCUUGUUCUGUGUGUGUGUGAUCACCAUCGGGGUCGUGCAGGCACUGAUUGUGGGGUACGCAUUUCACUUCCCGCACCUGCUGAGCCCGCAGAUCCAGUGCUCCGUCCACAGGGCUCGGUACCGACAACACGUCCUGGGCAUCGUCCUCCAAGGCCCAGCCCUGUGCUUUGCAGCGGCCAUCUUCUCCCUCUUCUUUGUCCCCUUGCGUUCUGAAAUUUCGCCCACUGGAAAGUCCACAUGGUUCAUCUGCACCAUGUGCCGGGUCCAGGCAGCCCUGACAGGCGCUCAGCCCACCCCGCCGGGGCCUGCGUGGGCCACGGUGAGGCCGGCACAAAUGCCUCUGUUCACUGUUCUCAGCGAAGACAACGUCCCGGACCCCAAGGAAGUGAAGGAGAGGUUCGGCGGCAGCCUCGUGGCUGCCCUGAGCGCGACCGGGCCGCGCUUCCUGGCGUACUUUGGCUCCUUCGCCACGGUGGGGCUGCUGUGGUUCGCCCACCACUCCCUCUUCCUGCACGUGCGCAAGGCCACGCGGGCCAUGGGGCUGCUGAACACGCUCUCGCUGGCCUUUGUGGGCGGCCUCCCGCUGGCCUACCAGCAGACCUCGGCCUUCGCCCGGCAGCCCCGCGACGAGCUGGAGCGUGUGCGCGUCAGCUGCGCCAUCAUCUUCCUGGCCAGCAUCUUCCAGUUUGCCAUCUGGACCACGGCGCUGCUGCACCAGGCGGAGACGCUGCAGCCCUCAGUGUGGUUUGGCGGCCGGGAGCACGCGCUCAUGUUCGCGAAGCUGGCCCUGUACCCCUGCGCCAGCCUGCUGGCCUUUGCCUCCACCUGCCUGCUGAGCAGGUUCAGCGUGGGCAUCUUCCACCUCAUGCAGAUCACCGUGCCCUGCGCCUUCCUGUUGCUGCGCCUGCUCGUGGGCCUGGCCCUGGCCAGCCUGCGGGUCCUGCGUGGCAUCGCCCGGCCUGAACACCCACCACCGGCCCCUACGCACCAGGACGACCCACAGUCCCAGCUCCUCCCUGCCCCCUGCUAGCGGCCACAGCGCGCGCUCCCUGCCAUCCCCACCAGAGAUGGACCAGGGAGGACAGGACACCGGGCAGGGGAAGCCAAGUCGUGGGCAAGCCACAGUGGUUCUUGCGUGGCCGGGUUUUAUUUUCAUUGUGAAAUACGCUCUAUUUCAGUCCUCAAA